AUGGUUUUUGGAAUAUCAACUGUUAUCAGAAAGACAAAAUCUUACAACGUGCUGGUUUCCUCAGUUAGGCGCAUCGCUGAGAAGCCAAAUGGUUUCUUAUUUAAUGAGAAGCCUCGUCGCCCGGGUGAAUUACGCAAAAAGGAAGACUGGGAAAAUAUCUGGGUAUUUGGUUUAGGCCUUAGUCUUCUUCUUGGAGUAGUAGGCUAUCAUUAUAAACCUGACACAACAUUACGAAAUUGGGCCAAAAACAAGGCUCUUGAACGCAUUGAAACGCGCGACAAACUUAGAAAAGAUCAAGAGCUAGAUAUGUCUGCUUCGACGGAGUCAACUUAAUAUUCAUUUUUAUUGAAAAUUGCUAAAUGUUAUUACCUAUAAGGAGCUUGAACUUACAUGAUACUGGCGUAAUUCAUGAACUGUUAAUUGGUAUUGCUGUGCGACUUGGAUUAAUAUUGCGUGUCAUAUACUAUAAACUAUAAAUUACGAUAAUGCAGUGCUGUAUUAACCAUCAAAAUCAAGCUUUAUUCGUAAAAUAUAAAUUUUUAA